CCAAGGACUCUAACCUCUCUGUCUGAUGUGCAGAAAAAAACAACCAACUCUGAGACGCUACAAGUCCUCUUAGGUGUCUCAGAGGACACCCUCGUCACCUGUGUGCAGGACAGCCUGCAAGUUUCAGAAUCUCAGAGCUUCUGGUCUUGUACAAGACUGAGAUGUCAAAGGAGGACCCCCUGUACACUGUUGGAGAAAAAGGAUCAGACUUCUCUAUUGAGAGACAACAAUUUGUAGAGGGCGUUCUGGCUCAGCUUGGGGAUAUCUCCCAUUCCAGGGCCUCAUCACCAAUAGUAUAUGAGUUCCCCUGUCAAAUUGAGGACAGCAGAAGUAAGGCCACGGCUUCUUUGACCAGUCUGUUAGAUUGCAUGAAAAAACUCUCAAGUGAGGAAUUCAAGAGUGACACCACUCAAGCAGUGAGUGAGUUCCUAGUUAAAAAGUCCACCAGUAGCUUAACUAGUGCACAGCCUGCUUAUUCUGUAGCAUCUAGGUCUUGUUCCGUUCAAAACCAGAGAACCUUGUCAAAGGAUAUUUGUGCGGAUUCUGCUGCCUUUGGCAUCAUUGACACAUUUGUGGAAGACCUGCAGAGCUUGGCGCAACCUGCAGAAGUAGAGGAGAGAGAACCUGACCUCCAGGAAAAUGCACAAAAGCGAAAGAGCAGGAUCUGGUCUGCUACCACUAGUUUAUAUAAAAAUAUUAAGAAGACAUUAAAGGGCUUCACCAUUCACCGGCGGAGGUCAGACGUGCAGAGAAGAAUGUCUAGCCAUACACCCACAGAGGACUCUGGACAUCUUGUGACUGAGGAGUACCUUGGUUUGGCAAGCCAGAACUUGACGCAAGCUAGUAAGAGUGUGCCUCACUUGCCCAGUUUGAACCAGGAAGUGACUCUACACAUGGGUGUCAGCGAGAGUUCAAAACUUCUCUGGACUGAAACAGACGAGGGUCUAAUGAACAAUAGUACCAAACAGGUCAUUUCAACAAUCUUGACCUCAUGCGAGGAUCAGACAAUAAAUGCACCUUGCUUCUCCACAGUAGGAAAGAAAAUAUCUGAUAUGUCCCUUGAGGUCACCAUGUUGGUAGGUGGUGUUCUGUCUCAGCUGAAGGACAUCUCCUUGUCAAGGUCCCCAACACCAUGUGAAGACAUGUUUGAACGUCUCCAAGGUUCUACUGAGCGAACCUCUCCAGUAAGUCUAGAUUGCUGCACGGCUGCCUCCAAAGGCAUUGCAUCUUCCCACAGUCUUUCAACAAAGAGCCUCCAAAAACUCUCUAGUCAUGAGUUCCAAACCAAAGCUGAGAAAGGAGUGAGUGAGGUCCUCUCUAGAUCAUUUAACAUUGUGGAGGAAGGCACAACAGAUAAGUACCUCCAGUCUGUAUCUACAUCCACCACAUCUACUGAUAUUAUACAAACCAUGGUGAAAGACCAGCAGGAGCUCACCCAGACCACCCAAUCAUCUGACAUGGUAUCUGGAACCUCCCUGCUCACCACUGGACAGGUUUCUGAGAAAAGAAUCUGGUCUGUUGCUCGUAACAUCUACUACAGUCUGGAAAGUAAGAUUACGGAGUUUCUCAGAAAAGAUCUUCAAAGAUCAGACACAACACUUGGUUCAAUCCAAAUAUUUACAUAUCAAAGCAGUCCUGCAUCACAAAGAGCAAGUCUCGGCCAUCUUGAGGUCAACCAGAGCAGUGUUACACCUGGAGGAAACGAUGCCUGUGUGGACAUUCCGCACAAAUUACUACCUAAAACCACUGAGCUCUCAGGAUCCAUGCUGGAGGAUAUUGGCACGAUCCGUUGUAGGAGUGCUGACAGCCAAAAUACAAGAAAUACCUCUUCUUCACGCUCCUCCAUCUCUCUAACACCUACUUCAAAAUUAAGGCAGUCGAAAUGGCACUUUGCCUUACCCGGGACUCCCAUCCCCACUGAGUUUCCUGCUCAGAUUGACUUUCCCAUUGUUAGAAACACAAUCAUUGAGGACUUCUUUCACACAGAGGACUUACUUCCUGUAACCUUUGUGGACAAAGUCAGGCAAGCUGCUGGGGUGGUAGUGGACAUUAUGGUGGAAAGUGUUGAGAACACACAGGAAGAUGGACAGGGUGCUUCUCAUCUUGACGACCUCCGAUCUGCUGUUAGGAAAUUGAGAAAAAUAAUUUCCACUUGGACCAUCCACAUUUUCAGUCAUGAAUUGGUGGAUAAAGUGAUAGCCCUUCAGGACAGCCACAGCACUCCACAGGUCUUAACAUUGGAAGCAGCCAAAAGUGCUUCAGACUCCAUUCUUUCAAGGCUGAAAUGGGGAAAGGAACAAUGUGCCAUAUCCAAGGAGCUCUCCUCUCAGCUUCUCCAGAUAUUUGCUGAAGAGACAGUGAAGGGCUUCCUGAGACAGUGGUCAGAUGAGUAUGAAAACAUAAACUUUGAUGUUUCAGUCCAGAACGAUCCAAAGACUUCUACUUGCAUGGUCAUUCUUCAAAUGAUCACCAAAGCCACUGCUAAAUGUUAUUUUGAGUCCACUACCAGCGUGGCCACCAGUGACAUUGUAGAAGGCGUGUUUGAUUUGGAAAGGGAUACCAUCAGCAGUACUGGAGAGCAGGUCCUCACCUUUAACACAACGGUAUAGUACACAUACAUCUUUCAUGAAUAACACUGCUGUUGACCUUUUGUGAGAUAUAUGAUUAUUUGUGUCAUGGCAUUGCACUGCUUCUUUGCAAUUGAUAUGCUGUAGUUUAAGAUAUCGAAAAAAUUUCAGUUUGUUUUAAUGUGCCUUUUCCCACAAACCAGGGUUCCAAGAAAGUUAGUAAGAACCUCUGUCCUCAAGAGUCUCUGGAGUACCAGCCUCAGAACAUUUCCCCUACUGUGUACUUUACAGAGACGAUGACAACAUCUCAUGGCUCCUUUUCUCCAGAGGGAAUGUAUGAUAUCGCAUCGUCCUUCCCACUUGAAGAGAAGAGUCGCAGACCCUCCCUUUUCACCAGAUUGUCUAGAUCCAUCACGAAAGGCUUUCUCAGCCCAUUCAAAUCUUCAAGGAAAACCAAAUUAUUUAAUUAAAUUCCUCAUUAUAAACAACGAGAGCAUUCAUUUGUUCAGAUGAGAAUCUAAUCGUAUUGGUCACAU